GUUGUUCCACACCAGAAAUUUGCCUCCUUUUUUGGUCUCGGGAACUACCCUGAUUUGUUUCAAUCUCUCUUCUAUUCGAUUCUGGAUUUAGGUAUUUGGAUAUUGAGCUCUGGGUUUUGACAUUGCCGUUGUAACUAAAACUCUGUAGACUAUUAGUUCAAUUCGAUCUCUGUCUUUGCAUUUCUUUGAUUCAAAGCUCACUAAGUUCGGGUUUGACAAGAGAUUCCAUUUGUUCUUCGUAACUGUAUUUUGGAUGCUCUGUAGCUGAAGAAGAUGCAACCUGAUCAGCGCAAAAAGUCAUCAGUUGAGGUAGAUUUCUUCACGGAAUACGGUGAAGGAAGCAGAUAUAGAAUAGAGGAAGUUAUUGGUAAAGGAAGCUAUGGAGUUGUUUGCUCGGCUUACGAUACACAUACUGGAGAGAAAGUUGCGAUUAAGAAAAUCAAUGAUAUUUUCGAGCAUGUUUCGGAUGCAACUCGCAUUCUCCGUGAGAUCAAACUUCUCAGACUAUUACGCCAUCCAGACAUUGUUGAGAUCAAACACAUCUUGUUACCGCCUUCAAGAAGAGAGUUUAAAGACAUUUACGUGGUUUUUGAGCUCAUGGAAUCUGAUUUGCAUCAGGUUAUUAAGGCAAAUGAUGAUUUGACUCGUGAGCAUUACCAGUUUUUCCUCUAUCAGCUUCUCCGUGGCCUCAAGUAUAUACACACAGCUAAUGUCUUUCAUCGUGAUCUAAAACCAAAAAACAUAUUGGCAAAUGCUGAUUGCAAACUCAAGAUAUGUGAUUUUGGACUUGCAAGAGUCGCAUUCAAUGAUACACCAACUGCGAUAUUCUGGACUGAUUAUGUAGCUACUCGAUGGUACAGGGCUCCAGAACUGUGUGGAUCAUUUUUCUCAAAGUAUACACCGGCAAUAGAUAUAUGGAGCAUCGGGUGCAUUUUUGCAGAGCUCUUAACAGGGAAACCUCUUUUCCCUGGGAAAAAUGUGGUCCAUCAAUUGGAUCUGAUGACGGAUAUGUUGGGAACUCCAUCUGCUGAAGCCAUUGGAAGGGUGAGGAACGAGAAAGCUCGAAGAUACUUAAGCAGCAUGAGGAAGAAGAAGCCUAUUCCUUUUUCACAUAAGUUCCCACAUGCUGAUCCUCUUGCUCUUCGUCUUCUAGAAAAGAUGUUGUCUUUUGAACCCAAGGACCGGCCUACAGCUGAAGAGGCGCUUGCAGAUGUAUACUUCAUGGGUUUAGCUAAGGUUGAAAGAGAGCCCUCUGCUCAACCUGUCACAAAGUUAGAAUUUGAGUUUGAAAGGCGGAGGAUCACAAAAGAAGACGUGCGAGAGCUCAUAUACAGAGAGUCUCUGGAGUACCACCCAAAGAUGCUGAAAGAAUACUUGGAUGGAUCAGAGCCAACUAACUUUAUGUACCCGAGUGCGGUGGAACAUUUCAAGAAACAAUUUGCUUACCUCGAGGAACACUACAAGAAUGGUACUUCUCAUAAUCCCCCUGAGAGACAACAGCAUGCAUCAUUACCAAGGGCUUGCGUAUUGUACUCCGAUAACAAUCAUCCGGUGGCACAACAGAGUUCAGCUGAAGUCACUGAUGGACUCUCCAAGUGUAGCAUCAGAGACGAGAGACCUCGGGGUGCAGACAGGAAUGCCCAGAUGCCAAUGUCGAGAAUUCCUAUCAACGUCCCUCAAACAAUCCAAGGUGCGGCAGUAGCUAGGCCUGGAAAAGUAGUUGGAUCAGUGUUACGCUAUAACAACUGCGGCGCAGCCACAGGCGUUGAAGCUCUUGAACAACAACAGCGAAGGAUGGUCAGAAAUCCAGCUGCUGCGUCUCAAUACCCAAAGAGGACUCAACCUUGCAAAAGCAACAGAGGUGAUGACGAUUGCGCCACCGCCGCCGAAGGUCCAAGCAGAUUGAAGCCAAACACUCAGUAUAUACCACAAAAAGUGGCUGCAGCACAAGAUACUGCAAUGAGUCGCUGGUAUUAAACAUGAUGUUUUGGUUCUAGUUUUAGCUUUACCACUGCACGUCUCAGGGAGAGCUAAAGAGUAGCCCUUUGAAUCAUCCAUCGUGUUAUUAAGAGCCG